AUGGUGGCAGGGGCCAAAGUUGGUCUGGGUAGCAGCCUCCAACGUCUGAUGAACAAGGCUAUGCAGAAGAUUAAAGCAAAGUGUGACCUGGUUCCUGAUCACCCUGUCGCUUCGAAGUUUGUCCGGGACCUGAAGUAUGCCCUGGAUCAGAAGGACUCAGAAGGGGUGAACUUCCUCCUCCAGCAGCGGGCUCACUGUGCCAAUGCCAUCAUCGAGCUUUCCAAUGAUGACUGGAUGAAAGAUCCAUCUGCUCAGCUGGACCCUCUCACAUUCUACCGCGCGCUGGUGCUGGGAGACCUGUCGCUGCUCAAGGCUAUGGUCAGCGAGUACCACGAAGAUGUCAACCUGCUCUUUGACAUCUGCCAUGACGAAAUGGAGUGGCAGACGAAACCCUUGGCGAUGGGCGUCUCAGGACUCUGGUCUCUGGAGUACAAACGCGAGCUGACCAGCCCCCUGUGCAUCGCGGCGAGCCACGGCUACACCGACUGCCUACGGUACCUGCUCCAACACGGAGCCAGGCCCAACCUGAUUCCGGGAACCAGGAGCCCCCUGCACAUGGCCUGCGCCAAUGCCCACACCAACUGCGCAGAACUGCUGCUCGAGUACGGGGCCAACCCCAGGCUGCAGACUGAGGAGGGAAUGGCCCCCCUGCACCUCUGCAACACCCCACAGUCCUUCCGGUGUGCUAAAUUACUCCUGAAGUACCGUGCAGAUGUCAACCAGUUGACCGAAGAGGAUCAGGAGACCCCUUUACAUGUGGCGGCCAAACAGGGUCUUCACAGUCAUGCCCACCUCUAUCUAAGGUACGGGGCCACUGUGGAUGCCAUGAAUGUCCACUGGGUGUCACCACUGAGCAGUGCCUGUGCCAGUGCAGUGGAACUGGAGAAGCAGAAGGAUUACCUCCAAGUGUGUAAGCUCCUGAUUGCCUACAGCGCCAAUGUGAACUCUGUGGACAAUGAGAAACGGAGCCCACUGCACAAGGCCUCCAGGAAUGCCAGUCUCCAGCUAGUCCAACUGCUGCUGAAGCAUGGAGCAGACGUCAACGCCAUUGACUACAACGGCGCCUCUCCCUUGGCCAAUGCCAUACAGACCGCACCCUUUAAGGAAGGGCUUGAGCCCCAUCGCACAGUACAAACUUUACUCAAUCAUGGAUCCCACAGGGUGUGGCCAGCGGCCUUUCUGAAGGUACUAAAAUGUUGUGCUGCUUCUCCCAAAACUGUCGAAGUCUUGUUUAAUUCCUAUCAACAAAUUCAAGUCACGGAGGAGUGGAAGGAAGCCAUCCCUGCGGAAAUACUUCAGACGCACCAGCCAUUCUACGAGUCCCUCUUUGCCUCAGCCUCUGGUCCCCGCUCCUUGCAACACCUGUGCCGUUUCGCUGCCAGGAAGCUGUUUGGAAACCAGUGCUCUGCCCUCGUUCCCCGGUUACCAAUCCCAAAAGGCUUACAUGGAUACCUACUCCUGGAGCCAGAGGACCUGGUGUAUUAA